AUAUAUAUAUAUAAAUUUUUUCAUUUUUGCUGAGAUAGGUAUAUACAGAGUGAGAUCAGGGAGAAGAGGUUGUUGUGGAAAUGGAGGAAGCAAAGGGAGUAGUCAAACACUUGCUGCUGGCAAAGUUCAAGGACGAUAUCACGCCAGAGAAGAUUGAAGAACUGAUCAAGGGCUAUGCCAACCUAGUCAAUCUUAUCCCACCCAUGAAAGCAUUCCACUGGGGAAAAGAUGUGAGUGCUGAAAACCUGCAUCAAGGCUUCACUCAUGUGUUUGAAUCAACCUUUGAGAGUACAGAAGGCGUUGCAGAGUAUGUAGCUCAUCCUGCUCAUGUUGAAUUUGCAAAUCGGUUCCUUUCCUCUACAGAGAAAGUAGUUGUGAUUGACUAUAAGCCUACCAGUUAACCUUUCACUGGGAAAUUGAUGCCUCAGUUCACUGUUAGUGCUCUGAUAAAAAUAAGUUUGGAAUGGAGUAAAACAAAUAUUUCGUUAUCUUAAGGUUACUAUGAAUAUGAACUUAUUUUACCCAAAUGAUUCAAAAUAAGAUCUAAUGGAUUACGUA